AUGAGCACGUCGCUCGACAAGCUGGUUACCACCACGCCGUCGGUGCGUUUCGCCGACGAGGUCGUCGACCUUGAGGCGGAGGCGGGUCCGCCGCAAGUCACGUUCGGGCGGUCCACGUCGUUCACGUCGCACAGCUCCUCCGGCGAGACGGAGGCGGCGCGGCGGCUGGCGGUGCGUCUGCUGAUCGGCGGCGCCAAGGAGGAGGGCGGCGGGGAGCCGCAAAAGGAGGGGCGCGAGCGACGCCGUCGCCACGGCAGCAGCAGCGGCGGUCGCAGCAGUGGCAGCGGCAGCGGCAGCGGCAGCGGUAGCGGCAGCGGCAGCGGCGGCGGUGGCAGUGGGGAGGCGCGAGGGUCGUGGCAGAAGCACCGUAGCUAUUCGCUGAACCAGGAGUGGUCGGGGGGGAAGCCCGUGUCGCGGUCCAGUGGGGGCGGCUCGGAGACGGAGAGCGCAGACGGAUCGAGCAAAAGCGAGAAGCGAUCGUUGGCGAAGGAAGUUACAGCGCUUCGACGACAGCUCGCGGAAUUUCAAGCUGCGAAUCAGGACCUUCUAGACGAGCUGGAUCGCAAGUCGCUGGCGGUGGCGGCAGCGGAGGAGGCGGUGAGGGACGCGCGGGCGGAGCGGGAUCUGAUGGCGGCGGAGAUGGAGGCGGCGCUGGGCACGUGGACGCUGGCGGUGGACGAGGCCAAGGAGGCGGCGCACGCGGCGGAGGCGGCGAGGGAGCAGGUGGCGGAGCUGGAGACGGAGAACAAGCGCCUGUGGCAGCUCGUGGAGCUCAUUCUUGAGCAGAAGGACAAGGCCGCGCUGGACGGCGCUGAUGGCGCUGGCAAGUUCGACCCCACCACCAAUGCACGCAUCAUAGUCGGUGAAGAAACCGAGUCACAGGAGCUCGCCGUCCCCCAGCCGCCCGGCCACGGGCAGCAGCAGCAGGCGGGGGGCAAGUGGGGGGUCGUCGGGAUCCAAGGCGGCAGGGGACUCGGAGAGGGCAGGCGAGUCGGGCUCUCGCAGCAGCAGAUCGUCAUCGUCCAAGCAGGUCCGCUGGGUAUGGCGACGGCGUCGCAAUCGCCGCCUGAAGCGGGCAGCACGCCACGUGUCAUCAAGCUGGAGGCGAUCCCGCUGAGCCGCGAGGCGUUCGCGCCGUUCGGCGAGGUGGUGGAGCCCGCGGAGGACGGCGUCGCGUUCGGCGCGGCGGACGCCGCCCUCGACCUCUCGCAGGGCGCGCCCAGGGUGUACAUAAUGCGGCUGAGGGACCGGCGGCUGGGGUUUGGCAGCAUCACGCACCACGCGCGCGUGACGCAGUGCCUGGGCGCCGUGGGCGGGCAGCCGUGGUUCCUGGGCGUGGCGCCGCCCUCCCUCGUGCAGGAUGGGGAGGGCCGUGAGGGUGGUGGCGCUGAUGGGGCGGUGAAGCAAGGGGCGGCAGGGCAGAGGUACCGCCCUCCCGAGGUGGGGGCGGUGAGGGUGUUCCUUGUGGAGGGCGCAGUGGUGGUGAAGCUGCACGCCGGCACGUGGCACGCUGGCCCGCUCUUCACCGCGCCGUGCAUGGACUUCUUUAACCUCGAACUGCAUGACACCAAUGUGGUGGACCACACAACGCACAGCUUUGCUGACAGCAACGGUGUGGUGUUUGAAUUUGACGAUGCACGAUCGUGA